AUGGUACAUGAACAGCUGCUGGACAGUCUGAAUGCACGUCUUUCAGCUCACUCUCGAACCUUUGAAACUUUACUUCAACUCAUACCCACAAACUAUUUGACAGUAAAGCAAGAGAAAGCUCAUAAUGAAUCCAAAUAUAUGCACAACAAGCGGAAGCGACAGAGCGAGCACGCCUUGAGACAUGCCCAGAAGAAGAGAAAGCAGCGCUCAAAGGCCGAGAAACUAUGGGCAGAAGAAACCGACGCGAGCACCGACGUUGACUGUGAUACAGCUUCUGUAGCCAGCAGCGUAGCGAGCAGUAUUACAAGCAGUGUGGCUAGCAGCGUGAAUAGUUGUGAUUUCGACCCCUUUGAUCAAAACUUCAAUGCCUGUAAACACACAAUGACCCUGCCGAUGGCUGUACAGGCCGACAUUCUGCAGCCUAUGCGAAACAAAGACACUACUGAGCUGCGCAAUCAGCUUCAUCAAAGAAUUGUUGCUUUGAGACAAAAAAGAAAUGCACCCGGAUCAGAUACACCAAAAGCACGAAGCAGAGAGGAAGUGCUGGCUAAACAAUUGAAAUGGAAGGAGGAUCAGAAGAGAAUAAAAGCAGAAAAAAGUAAAGCUAGAGCACUUGCACUUCUAUACAAACCAAUUCAGCUUACUAGAACUACUCUUUCAUCGGUAUCACAGCCACCAAAAGAUUCUACAAUCGAUGUCAAGCCAUCUAAUAGCGUUCCUACAAACACUCUUCAUACAAAGGACACAUCGUCCAUUAAAGACCCAUUAGCUACCAAUAGCAACAUCAAAGAUUUACCUUUAACCAAAGAAACCCUUAAAAAUAUUCACAAGGUUGAACAUGGUUUUUCCACUAAAGAGAUUCUACCUCAUCCAAAACAAGACAAUCCAAAACGCCAUUUUGGGCCUAAAUCCUCUUCUGACCAUAAAAAGAAGCAAAAAGGAGGACGUGCCGGGUUUGAAGGUGCUGUCCGAAGAAAAACCGAGAAACAGCGCAAGCAAAAGAAACAAUCCCUUUAA